AUGGUUAACAAUCAACAAUCCACAUCAUUAGAAAGUGGACUACCAACUGUAGGAUCAGUUGUUUGGGCUGCUGGUCGUACUCGUGCACAACAAGCAUUGAAUGUUUAUGCUAAUCUUGAUUAUCUCCGUCCAUAUUUUGAUGUUGAACCAAAAGAAGUUGUUCAACGAUUAGUUCGUUCUUUGAUACCUCGAAGUUUACCCCGAGAAGAAAAUGUCAAACCAGAAUUAUAUGGACCAUCGAUGAUUGUAUUUACAUUAGCCGCUAUUCUUAUUUAUCAAAUGAAGUUAUCAAGUCAUUCCGUUCAAGAUGGAACUUUAAUAGGUACAAGUUUCUUAGUUUGCUUUGGAUUUUGGAUUGGUUCUGGCUUUGCCAUAUCAUCGUUUACAUUUGUUUGUAAUACACAACUCAGUCUUAUGCAAAUUCUUAGUAUUAACGGCUACGCACUUUUUAGUCAUUGUGUUGUUUUAUUAAUUUCGACAUUUAUUCAUACGGGUCAUGAUCAUAUGUUAUUUUAUGGUCUUUGGGCAAUUGUUGGUGGUUUAGCUGCAGCUCGAAUGUCAUUGGUUAUAAUGUCUCGAACCACGAAUCGACAUCAUCGUAUUCUUCUUGGCCUUAUGAUCAUUGCAAUUCAUAUGAUAUUUUUACUUUAUCUUCAUUUUGCUUAUCAUCAAUUAGCUGAAACUGUUGCUCAUGCAUUAAAUAAUGAACAAGUAGUUACUGCUAGUUUACCUGUUAAACCAAUUGCACCUAUACUUGCUAAUUUAACACAAUCAAAACCUCUCCUCCGACAAAUACGCAGUAAACUGAAUAAUUCCACUAUAACCACUGUAACAAAAUUAAUUACAAGUGUUAAACCAUAA